GAUAGAGAUGGAGGCGUCGGAGGCGUGGAAGGCGCUGUUCCGGAACCGGAUCGUGGAAGCGCACGGCCACCUCAACACGAUCGUCUGGAAGAUCGGCAACGCUCGGGGGAGCCUCGCGGGGCCGGUGCGCGCGCCCGCCACCGAGGCCACUCGCGCCAGGAUCGACCUCGCGCAGCGGUCCCUCGAUGACGCGUCCAGCGACAUCGCCACCGCGUCGGUCCUGAUGGCGAGCGCCGAGGAGCUCGCGCUCCGCGGCGGCGCCGCCGCCCCCUGGUACCCGCUGCCCAGCGUCGGCCACCUCCCCCACCACACGGCCGACAAGCAGCGGCGCGCCUCGCGGAGGCUCCAGGAGGCCAGGCUGUACGCGGUCACGGCGUACCUCGCCGUGGAGCAGUGCUGCGUCCACGUGCUCGGCCUCCGCCUCCUGCUGGACCGCCCGCUCCUCCCCGGCGUGGACGACCUCCUCGACGCAGAGCGCCGCAACGCCUUCGACCUCCUCAAGGACCUGAUGGUCACGGCCAACGACUGCGUUUCGCUGGUCAUGAGCGCCCGCAAGGAGUUGCCCGGCGGUUAGUUGUUCGUCCGCCGCUUGCGCGCGUUCGCCAUGGACCUGCCUGCGCUGUCAAACAUGCCCUGAGUUUUUUCUUGCAUGUUCUUGUGUUCUUGU